UCCUCUUUCGCCUUUGUGUCUGCAGAGGGAAAGGCGUGAAGGAGUGAUCACAGUGGGAGAAAGGAGUUGCUAGGUCCUGAAGAUGCUUGUAAAAAUUGGAUUUAUCUGCAAAGCUUGCAAUGCUUGAGAACUGCCACUGACGGACCAACUUUUACCUCUAAAACUUUCUGCAGCAUUUCCUACAUUUCCCUUCCACCUUUCACAGUGCUUAGGUGACCUUUUUGAUUGUACAGUUUUAUACUCUGAAACUAAAACCUAGCUCUGACGUUUUGGGGUGUGUGGUAGCUCCGGACCAUGCUCUCCCUGUGGUUGUUCCUGCUCCCUUGCCUGAGCCUUGUGCCUCUGGCCCCGGCUGAGAAGGGCCUGGAGUUCCCACAGUAUGAUGGGAAAGACCGUGUCCUAGAUAUCAAUGACAAGAACUACAAGAAAGCCUUGAAGAAGCACAGCAUGGUGUGCCUGUUCUACCAUGGGCCCAUACCAGACAGCAAGGAGCUGCAAAAACAACACCAGAUGACUGAGUUGGUGCUGGAGCUUGCAGCUCAGGUUAUGGAAGAGAAAGACAUUGGAUUUGGGAUGGUCGACUCCCACAAAGAUGCAAAGGUGGCAAAGAAACUGGGCCUGGAAGAGGAGGGCAGUGUGUAUGUUUUUAAGGCUGAUCGGGUGAUCGAGUUUGACGGCUUGCUCUCUGCUAACACCCUGGUGGAGUUCUUGUUGGACCUGUUGGAGGAGCCAGUGGAGGUGAUAGGAAAUGCUCUGGAGCUGAGAGCCUUUGAUAGGAUGGAGGAAGACAUCCGCCUCAUUGGCUACUUCAAGAACGAGGACUCUGAGCAUUAUGAAGCGUUUAAAGAAGCAGCAGAGCAGUUCCAGCCCUACAUUAAGUUCUUUGCCACAUUUGAGAAAUCUGUUGCCAAGGAGCUGACUCUGAAGUUGAACGAGGUGGAUUUCUAUGAGCCCUUCAUGGAGGAACCAGUCACCAUCCCAGGCAAGCCUCACUCUGAGGAGGAUCUGGUGGAAUUCAUAACUGAACACAGACGACCAACUCUGAGAAAGCUGCGUGCAGAAGAUAUGUUUGAGACCUGGGAGGAUGAUAUUGAGGGCAUCCACAUUGUUGCCUUUGCAGAGGAGGAGGACCCAGAUGGUUAUGAGUUCUUGGAGAUCCUGAAGGAGGUGGCCAGAGACAACACCAACAUACCUGAACUCAGCAUCAUCUGGAUUGACCCUGAUGACUUUCCCCUGCUGAUCCCCUACUGGGAGAAGACCUUCAAGGUGGACCUGUUCAGACCCCAGAUUGGAGUUGUCAAUGUUACAGAU